AUGCGGUUCCAUACAUUUGUUGCAAAUAGGCUAGCGGUUAUUCACGAGGCAACCUCUGUACAAGACUGGAACUGUGUUAGCUCUAAACAGAAUCCUGCGGAUUGUGCAUCUAGGGGAAUCCACAGGGUUGACAAAUUCAUUGGCCAUGAUGAAUGGUUCAAAGGACCGGAAUUUCUCUGGAAAUGUGAGGGAGAAUGGCCUACAAUCUCCGAGUCUUCUGUCGUGGAAGACAAUUUGUCAGAUGACCCAGAGGUGAAGGAGACAGUGUUUUCUGCCUUACUACAUACUUUGACGGAUGAUCCAAUCACGAAGUUGACACAAGAUGUUUCUGAUUGGUGGAGAUUGAAAAAGAAGUUGUGA